GUUCAGGCCCCGACGAUGGUAGAAGACCCUGCGAUUCCGGCUGGGUUUGAUGACGUCAAGCGCUCGUUUGAUUGGUGCGGUGCGCUACAGAGGACACAUCAAUAGACACCGCGCACGAUGUCGGCGACUCGGACAUUCCGGGUUCACUGUUCUGAAGUCGGACUUUCGGGGGUUUGCACCUCAAUCCGUCCAUAACUGCCUGCAGCUGAUAGAGAUGCGGUGCGCACACAGGAAAGGCUAAGUAGAGAGAGCUCAUGCAACAUCAACAAUAUCGAGUGAAUCACUCAUCACCAUAUCAUCAUGUCGCAACAACCUUUGAAUAUCCUCAUCUCUGGCGCUGGCAUUGCAGGUGCUUCGCUGGCGUUCACACUUGCUCGCCAGCCUGGCUUCAAGGUGCAGCCUAGCAUUACGGUCAUCGAGAAAUCACCCGUACCACGCACAACAGGGCAAGCUGUGGACAUUCGCGGCCCAGGGGUUGACGUGAUCACCAGACUUGGACUGGAGCCCGAAAUCAAAGCAAUGCAUACCACAGAGACUGGUGUCUCGUUUCUGAACUCGAAAGGUGACACCGCUGCAACCUUUUCCGCCACUGGUGACGCUAAGAAUCAGAGCGCAAGCAGCGAGUAUGAGAUAUUGAGAGGCGAUCUGGCUCGUCUGUUACUUGACGGUGUUAACACAGCGAAAGAGAGGGGAGCAAAAGUCGAUGUUGUGUAUGGCGAGUCAAUCGACAGCAUGAAAGAGCGAGGCGACGGAUCCGGUGUGGACGUCUACUUCACCAAUGGAAAAAUUAGCAACCAGAAAUUUGAUGCUGUGAUAGGCUGCGACGGCAUAUCGUCCAGCACACGCAAUUUCAUCUUCGGCAAGGCGGAUCUGAAAGAACACAUCAAACCGUCUGGGCUAUACAUUGCGUUCUUCUCAAUUCCACGAAUCCCCGAGGACGAUUCACUUUGGCGAUGGUGUCAGAUACCACCGGGCUUGGGCAUGCACCUCAGACCGCAUUGCAACAAGGAGACAAUGGGCGUAUAUUUGACUAUCUGCAACACAGCGCAAGCAUACAUGCCAGAAAUAGAAGAUGUCAUCCGUACAGAUGUUGCUACACAGAAGAAGUACCUUCGCCAACGAUUCCACAAUGCUGGCUGGCAGAGCGAACGCUUUCUCGAUGGCCUGGAUACUACAAACGACUUCUACAUGUCACAUUGGUGCCAAGUGGUAACACCUAAGUACGCCAAGGGUCACUGCGUGAUUCUGGGAGACGCCGCUUUUGCAACCAUGGGUGUCGGCACAAGCCUGGCGAUGACCGGGGCGUAUUGCAUAGCCGGUGAGCUUUCUAAAAUUGAAUCUCCUGACCAGGUCCCCGAUGCAUUGCAGAAGUACGAAGACUUGUUUCGUCCAUGGGUGGAGAAACACCAGAUCUCUUAUACUGGAGGUAUGCAGCUUGCAAACCCUCAAACUGCUUGGGGCGUCUGGCUGUUUCAGAAUAUACUUAAGGUGGUGACUAUGUUGAAAUUGCCACAAUUGCUGAUGCGAUUCUUUGGUGGAGAAGGAAAGAACACGUGGAAGCUGCCAGACUAUGGCUGGUAGUCUUUCUGUUCGUUUGGUAUGAUGCCUGGAUUUCGAAGAUGACUGCAUUACUCUCGGCUCUUUCGACCUCGACAAUGUACGCAUUGUUAUACUCUUUCACCGUGGUCACUUUUGCAUUUCUCUUCUAUGAUCUAUUCGAAUUUCCUUUGCUUGGCCAGUAACCAAAUACAGUUCGUGUCUAUCGUAUUUGCUUCGUCCUUUUGCUCAGAAUGUUAAGCCCUGCAUCCUGAAGCGUUCUCGCGCUACCCCCUGCACCUCAGCUGCGCCAGUGCGUCAAACCGUCUCCCUGUAUCGCCUGUACUUGAUGAUCGU